AUGCCGCUCUUCUUCGACGAAGAGAUAGGUGCCCGUGAUUGUGGAGAAGACGUGAAGUGGAGCGACUUGACACCCAGUGCUGCGGCGUCCUCAGAGGAUGGGGAGAUGGACGACACUAGCGGAGGGUGUCAAUUCACUGCAUCAGCAGCUUUAGUCGUGCGUUCAACGGCAGACCAGAGCAGAACCGUACCCAUCAAGGACGGCGCCACCGAACACAAGGAGACAUGGCAUCGCGACUCGGAAGUUCACAGCUCGAAGUCGACGGGCCUGCAAAUGGCACUACUUACCAGGUUAGAGUUUGAGAAUGGAAGGGAACAUGGACGCCGGAGGAGGACAAGUUGUCUAUAUAUAGAGGUAUUGGAGCAUGAGCUGUAUCAGCAAUGGUGCGAUGAGUCUGGAAGUGAUAACUCACUUCCUACAGUUGAGAUUGGUGUUGAGGCAAAUCGUUUGCAGCAAACACCAACAGCUCGUGCCGCUUUCAACGCAGUUCAUGACAUCUGCACGAGUGGACAGGCGUUUGUUGACAACUGGACUCCAGCUGAUGAGAAUGAGAUCGAAGAGCAGCAGAAGCGUUUCUCCAAAUACUCACAACAUGCUAUCAGCUUCGCCAUUGCAACAUUCAGCGGAUUCGUCAUUUCUGAAUCAUCCUCCAGUGCAAACACAGCAGUCAAGGUCGUCGCUGUGGCAGCACUACGGAAACCCAGGCUUCGCCAAGUGCCCCAGAGUUCGCCGAGUGCCAAAAAUCGGGCACUUGGCGAAGAAGGCUUCGCCAAGUGCCUGGCACUUGGCGAAGCCAGCAUUUGGCGAAGAAGGCUUCGCCAAGUGCUAAGCACUCGGCGAAGAAACGCACUUGGCGAAAUCGCCUCUUCGCCAAGUGCCAAGCACUCGGCGAAGAAAGGCACUUGGCGAAGCCUGACGGCAUCCAUUCCCAUCCCUUGCCAUCGGCUUCGCCAAGUGCCUCCGUCUGGCACUUGACGAAGACGAGGCUUCGCCGAGUGCCAUACACGUGGCACUUGGCGAAGAGAGGACCAUGGGAAAUUGCCUGGAAGCCCUCUUCGCCAAGUGCCACGUUGCUGGCACUUGGCGAAGACCUCUUCGCCAAGUGCCAUCCCUAGCACUUGGCGAAGUGAAAAACUUUUUUUUUUGAGUUUUGCUCCCAAAUUUUUUGUGGAGGUUUAGUACCAUAUAUUUAGUAACUUGUCAACGUUUGGUGCAUUUUGAAGUUUUUUUUUCUAUAUUUUUUCAUUUAGUUGCGACUCGUUGUAUUUUUUCCGACGAAUUCGUUUUGAACUGUAGGUGCAUGCAAUAAUAGUGUCCUAUGGUUACAACAUUGCUCUUCUUGCUUGUGUGGGUGGAAUUAGGUCAAAUCCAAGUCCUGGCACCAAAUCUUGAUGAGCGUGCUUGCGGGGCAACGCUUCCAACUUGUGUGCACGGGGUUUUUUAAUUAUAAAAAAAUCAAAUGAACUCAGAAAACCACGAAACUUCUCC